AUGAUUUCUCCUCUUUCCGAAUGGUCGAAUUGGACUUAUUAUACAAAUAAUAAGAAGCGCGAUACGAGAAAUAUAUUUCCUGAAAAUGAUAUAUGUUUUCGACAGUUUUUUGAACGUAACAAUAAUCAAUUUGAUUUUCUACCACGAAAACUAUACGAUCUUCUACAGCAUCGUCAUGUUAAAUUGACAAACGUAAAGUACUUUAACAGUCCUAAUGAUACGAUUCCGUUUGUAGAAAAUUGUCAACAUGAGCAAAUAGUAGUACAUCCUUGUAAGUUGAAGCAAAAAUUAUGUGAAUUUAGACUAUCACAAGCAUCAUUAAAGUGCAUAAAAAUUAUUAAUCAAGUUAAUAACGAAUUUAUUGCCGCGUGGAUGAUGUGGAAUGAAAUGAAAAUUUUAUUAAUGAUCGAUCAACAUGCCAUCCAUGAAAGAAUACGUUAUGAAAAUUUACUUCUUAGUAAAUAA